AUCAUCAUGAAGACUAAAAGUUUCAGAGACUCUUCUCAUGGAGAGAGAAGCAGAAGCAGAAGCAGAAGCAGAUACUCAUACCCAUUUUAAGACCAAGCGAAACAGGAAAAAGUUGCUGAAAAAGAAAGCUUGGAAGAGAAGCUUCUUGAAAUCUCAGCCAUUGCUUAGAUUGGAAUAUAAGUCAGGCACACGAAUGUCACACAGAUAGAGAGAGAGCUGACGUUCACUCAAACCUUUCUAUGCUAUUAUGAUCAAAACAAUUUCUAUUAAUAUUAUUUUUAUUUUUAUUUUAGCUGGGACUAGACUUCCCACCUAAACCAAACUUUGAAAGGAUCCUGCCACCCACAAAUUAAAGUAACAGACCAUCCCUUCUCAUUUCUGUAUUUGUAAAUGAAAUCUACCAAUUUGUAGCUGGAUGAUAUUGGAGAGAGCUGAAACAGAGUUGCUGCACUGCAAGUCUGCAAGCACAACAUGGCGAAGCGAUCGGAUUUUGCGCAGAAGCUGUUGGAUGAUCUGCGCGUCCGGAAGGAAAAAAUGGCUGCACCUCAGAGCUCCAACCGUUCUAACUCAAUGGCCAUAGAUGCAUAUGCUUAUUCCAAGCAAACUCAUAGAGGAAGAGGGGAUAUGAGGACAAAUGGAACGAUUGGCUCAAGAACUGGGAACCCCCAAAACAGUUAUAGAGGAAGUGGUAGAACACCUAUCAUUCAAGAGGCUUCAAAUCAGAUUGUUGCUUAUGGGAGAGAUAGGAGCUCAGGACAAGUAGGAGAUCUGUCCAUGGCCUUGGCUUUUGCACUCGAGAAUGGAGGAAAACUCGGCAGAACAGAUUCAUCUAGCAGAAGUACAAUGCUGGGAUUUUUGAAUCAAUUUGGAAGGGGAUCCAUAGACUUUAGAAAGCUGGAAAGAAAAGGAAGUGUAAAUAGUUACUGGGGUUCAACUAACCAGUUUCCAAACCUUUCUAAUAUCCAUAUUGAAGAAAUAUCAAGAGGGGCACAGAAAUUAAACCAAAUCCUAAGAGCAUGCUCUAAUGGCAUUAAUGCUGAUAAAUUUUCAAUAGAAAUUGGGAAGAAACUCAUGCAAGGAGCCAUGGAUUUGGAAGAGUCCUUGAGAAUGCUUGUAAACCUGCAGGAAGCUUCAGAAUACAUGGUCAGCUCACAGAGGAAAAAUCGGAUCACAUUACUAGAUGAAGAUGAUGAGGAUGAUGAAGACAACACUGUCAAACCAGCUGAGCAAAUGCAACUGGAUCUACCAAGGUUCUCCUUCGACAAGUCCUCAAGACACGCUCAUAAAAUCCAAGAAGUUGGAAGGACGGGCCUCAAGCAGAAGGUGACCGCAGCUCUCACUUACUCUACUGAAGGUAGUAGCUUCAACCAUGAAAAGAAAGGCAAAAUAACCUCCACAUCAGUUUCUCAGAGGAAAUCAGUCAGCUAUAGCCCUGGUGUCAAGAACCAAUCAAUAUCUUCAGACCAGAAAGAGUCUAAACAAGAAAAGGAAAGGAUUCCUAACGUAAUUGCAAAACUAAUGGGACUGAAUGAGCUUCCAGAAAAUGAGAACUUGAAGCACACCGCACAGAAAGUCUCCAGUUCCAAACCAAAAAGAGAAAGCCGGGCGAUAGGGCAAACAAUACAGGAAACCAGUAAGAUUUCUGGAGUUAGGACUAAGGAUAUUGAGAAUUUGGCAUCUACAAAUAGACAAAAAGUUGUAGAAGGCAAUAAGUAUCCUUUGUUGCAGAAUACUAGUUUUGUUUUGCAAGCAGAAAAAGGCAAGAUUGCCAACAAUAUUAGCCUUGAGGUGGUUAUUCAUGAUGGGAAAUCACCCUGGAAGGACUUGGAAGGACCAAAACCUGUGAAAGGACCAGGAAAGACAUCCGCCAAAACAGAUAAGCAGCAGAAAUCCCCUCAAAUCGUCAAACCAGAUAAACCUGUGGGACAUAACGGUUUUGAAGCUGAACUUAUGAUGCAAGAAAAAACAGGGUUCAAGGUUCUCCCAAGCAAUCAGCACAAGUCGCAGAACAAUCAUGAAUUUCAGCAGCCAUCCAUGCUUUGGAGAUCGGAGUCACCAGAAGAAAAGCGUAUAGGAGAGGUGAAGGAGCAGCAGAGUGCACAACAAAAGAUGCAGUCGAGAAAACGAGGAAGUGAAACGAUAUCCAAGAGUAUAUCAAAAGGAGCAGGAGAUUUGCAAAAAAAGCAGCUACAUACAGACCAAGCUAGGGCAAAUAAGAAAAGUAUGAGAGAAGCCGUUGCUGCAGUGCAAUCCAAAGGAGUUCCAAAUGGCACCUACAAUGGAAAUCUGGCCAGAAGAAAAAGUUCUGCUGAGUUGCAUUUGAGUAUGAAAGAUUUUUCUCCAAAUGACCAAGGCCCUGAACCAGCAAAAGAAAAUUUUGGCAUUUCACCAGUUAUGGAGGAGAGGCCUGUUCAUGUAGCACCCUUACAGAAAGCAAAAUCUAGAAGAGUGAAUAAAAGCGAAAUCCCUGGAAGGAUCGACGAAGUAGUGACCAGAAGAAAUGGAACGCUGAAUAACUUGACAAGGCCACUAAAACGUCAGACUUCCAUUUUGCAAGAAGUUGCACACAGAAGCCAUGAAAAACUCGGUGGCCAUAAUGUAGCAGAAAAAGUCAAAACCAGCAGGUUGAAGCAAGCAGAGCCACGGAUCAUCAAAUCCAACAAAUCAACAUCAAGCAUUCAACCAUCAGCUUCGGCACAAAACAUACAAAAGGAAGCUGAGCAGGCUUCCACUCUGUAUGAUUUCAAUGAACUUGAAUGCCGAAGCCUUAAAGAACCACAAAAUCUCGUUCCAAAUGACAUUUGUCAAAACACAGUCUUAGUAACUGAUAAUCAGCAAGAUCAAGCACCUGUUUUUGGAGAUGACGAGUGCACAACUGGACCAAAUACACUUAAUGUUGCAGGAACCCAUGAAGACAGCUUAGACAUUUCUCAUCCAGUGCAAUUGGAGCACAAGAAAACUUUCAACUGGAGAAAACAAGAGCCACUCACAGAAAGUGAAAACCGCCUGAAGCAGAUAGUGAUAAAGAGUCAACUGUUUCUAAACACAGCAGAGGCACUUUUCAAACUUGAUAUCCCAUUUGGCAUUCUUCAUGACAGUGGUCGUAAUUGCAGCCAGGAUGAAGAUAGCAAGCUCACAUUAGACUGUGGCUAUGAAGUAAUGAAAAGAAAAGGGAGAAGGCAAGAGCUCAAUGUUCAUCCUAAUUGUGUGAAGAUAUCAAUAAGUUUCAUCCAGACACAGUCCUUGGAUGAGUUGGUUAAACAAUUGCAUAACGAUUUCGAAAAGCUCAAAUUAUAUGGUAGAAAUGGGAAACUGGAAUGUGAAGCUGAAGAGUAUGUGCCGAAAAUGCUCGAAAGCGAUAUGCAUAACUUGGAGCCUGACAUAAGUUGUAUGUGGGACAUGGGUUGGGAUGAGACCAUGUUUGCAAUUCUUGAAGUAGAUGAAGUUAUAAAGGAUUUGGAGAGGCUUGUGCUCAGCGGACUUGUAGACGAGCUUACCAGAGACCUCUUAUAUGCGUGACACUCUUUUCAUUGCUGCAACAAGUUGAGAAAAGUUUGUUUCAUUAUUCAACUGGUUUACUUGGUUUUGUAAGAGAUGAAUUAUAAUGCAAUCCUUUAUUGCAGGAUUUCUCGUUCAUACGUUGAACUUGUAAUGAGUGCACUCUUUUGUUUUGUUACGAGGAAUUAUUCCAGCAA